AGUCUAUAACUUCAUCUUGAAGAAAAAGUUCCAUAUAAGCUAGCUAGAUUUUAGGGCUUAUAAUAUACAAGAUGGGUAGGUCUCCAUGUUGUGAUAAAACAAAACUGAAGAGAGGACCAUGGUCACCUGAAGAAGAUUCCAUCCUUAGAAAUCAUAUUCAAAACCAUGGCACUGGUGGCAAUUGGAUUUCCUUGCCUCAUAAAGCAGGGCUUAAACGAUGUGGGAAAAGCUGUCGGUUGAGAUGGCUAAACUAUCUAAGACCCGAUAUAAAGCUAGGAGGAUUUACCGAAGAAGAAGACGAUAUUAUCUCAUCUCUCUAUGCGAAUAUUGGAAGCAGGUGGUCUGUCAUAGCGUCUCAUUUAGAAGGAAGGACCGAUAACGAUGUCAAGAAUCACUGGAACACCAAAUUAAAGAAGAAACUAAUGGCAUCACAUAACUCUACCAUCACUACUACUACUACAAGUAGCGUUACCUCCAUCAAUCCAAUGCAAUUCGGCUCAACUCCAACGUUUCUACCAAAACAAGAAGUAGUCGAUCACAUUCCACACAUUGUAAAUAAUAAUAACCACAUUGUGGAUUACUACAUGACAACGGAUUAUCAACAACCGAUGAUAUCAAGUUCAUAUAGUUGUGGUUUAAUUAAUGUUAAUUCAUCGUCUUCUCAAGAGAAUCACGGUCUGUCAUCUCCUAGUGCAUUCUUGAUGGAAAAUGAAUAUGCUACUUGGUCUGAAAAUAGUGGUGAAGCGACGACGACGGACUCCAUUGAUGAUAUUUUUACAGGAUUUGAUUUCAGACAACUGCUUGGUGAAGUUGCUAAUUUUAACUAUUCAUCUCAAAUUGGAUAAAAUAUGUUUAAUUAGAUGGACACUUAUACGUAGUGUUAUAUAUAUAUAUA